AAAGAAGCCCGCGAGACCAGAGCGACAACAGCAGAGCUCCACCGAGAUGCACAAGUCAGAUGAAGGAUUUAUCUACUGAGAUUCUCUAGAGCAACAAACCUUUGAGAUCUGAACUCAGACCAGUGAAACUAACAGUCAUUGUUACUGAGAGGUGAAAUGGAGCAGAAAAUGUCUGAUUUGGAGCAAGAAAACCUAUCCUGUUCCAUCUGUUUGGAUCUACUAAAGGAUCCAGUGACUAUUCCUUGUGGACACAGCUACUGUAUGAACUGUAUCAAAGACCACUGGAAUGGAGAAGAACAGAGGAGAACCCACAGCUGCCCUCAGUGCAGGAAAACUUUCAGACGAAGGCCUGGUCUAAAAAAAAACAUCACGUUAGCUGCUUUAGUGGAGGAUCUGAAGAAGACUGGACUCCAAGCUGAUCCAGCUGAUCACUGCUAUGCUGGACCUGAAGAUGUGGCCUGUGAUGUCUGCACUGGGAGGAAGAUGAAAGCUGCCAAGUCCUGUUUAUUCUGCCCUGCUUCUUACUGUAGGGAUCACCUCCAACCUCACUAUGAUGCUCCACCAUUAAAGAAGCACAAGUUGGUGGACCCCUCCAAGAACCUCCAGGAGAACAUCUGCUCUCAUCAUGAUGAGGUGAUGAAGAUCUUCUGUCGUACUGAUCAGCAGUGUAUCUGUUAUCUCUGUUUAAUGGAUGAACAUAAAGGUCAUGAAACAGUCUCAGCUGCAGCAGAAAGGACUGAGAAGCAGCAGAAACUCCAGGACCAAGAGAAAGAUCUGAAGCUGCUUCAACAGGAGGUGGAGGCCAUCAAUGUCUCUGCUGAUAAAGCAGUGGAGGACAGUGAGAAGAUCUUCACUGAGAUGAUCCAUCUCAUCCAGAAAAGAAGCUCUGAUGUGAAGCAGCAGAUCAGAUCCCAGCAGGAAACUGAAGUGAGUCGAGUCAAAGAUCUUCAGGAGAAGCUGGAGCAGGAGAUCACUGAGCUGAAGAGGAAAGAUGCUGAGAUGAAGCAGCUCUCAAACACAGAGGAUCACAACCAGUUUCUCCACAACUACCCCUCACUGUCAGCACUCAGUGAGUCUACACACUCAUCCAGCAUCAAUAUUCGUCCUCUGAGAUACUUUGAGGAUGUGACAGCAGCUGUGUCAGAGCUCAGAGAUAAACUACAGGACAUCAUGAGAGACACAUGGACAAACAUCUCACUGGCAAUCACUGAGGUGAAGGUUUUACUGUCAGAACCAGAACCGACGACCAGAGCUGAUUUCUUGAAAUAUUCACAAGAAAUCACUCUGGAUCCAAACACGACAAAGUUCAAUCUGGUAUUUUCUAAGGGUGACAGAAAAAUGACAUCAGUUUUACCGAAACCGUCUGAUGUUUCAGACACGAUCUCUUACUAUAAACUGGUUCUGGGUAGAGAGAGUCUGACUGGACGUUGUUACUGGGAGGUGAAGUGGAGAGGAGGAGGAGUUGUUAUAGGAGUUUCAUACAAGAAUAUCUCCACUGGAGAAGCCUAUGAAUUCAAUGACAAAACAUGGUCGUUACAUUGUAACGUAAGCUUUUCCACAUUUUUUCACAAAACAGUAACCAUGCUGCCAGGUCUAGUUUCCUCCAGAAUAGGAGUGUAUCUGAACCACAGAGCAGGUAUUCUGUCUUUUUACAGCAUCUCUGAAACCAUGACUCUGAUCCACAGAGUCCAGACCACAUUCACUCAGCCUCUAUAUGCUGGAGCUUAUGUUCAAGGUGGAUCCUCUGUUGAGUUUGUUAAAAUGAAAUAAUCAGAACUUUUCUGAGGUCCAGUUGGUUGAAAGCAGUUAGUCAUUGCUGAGGAGAAUUUUUAUUCACCUAAACUAAUUACCUUUAUUUAUGUUUGUCAGACCAAAUGUUGUUGUUCAAAUCCAUGUACAGAUGAGUUGAUGGAAACUAUAAUCAUGAUCAUCAUCAAUCAGGACAUCAGUCAUUAUUUUAUUGGACAAACAUCAUUUUUUGGGAUCAAAUCACUGAACCAGUCAGAUUUACUGAGUUUUUUGUGGGAAAACACGAAGGACUUCUGCAGCAUUUUUCAUCACAUCUAUUCUUCCUGUAGUUGAUUUUCUUUAACAUAUUUCUUAUCAGCAGAACUGUUUGGGUUCAGGUGGGAGCAAACAUGACAUGAACUGAAAUAAAAGCUCAGCCAGGAAGUCCAACUUCCUAUAAUAUUAGCUUUGAUGUGUGUAAGAACGUUCAUUUAGUCUUCUUGUUCGAGGAAGUUGUUGAAGUGUUUUCAUAAUGAAACUCAGUUUCCUGGUAAACCUAAUAAAUCCUAAACCUUUCUUUGUUCACUAUA